CAAUGGAAACUGAAACUCUACAGCAGUUGCGUGCCGUCGUGGAGGACUGCGUGGGAAAACACCUCACUACUUCCGCUACAUUCUUCGCCGAUAAGCUAGUUUCGCUGGGCUCUCGUGACCCUGAAGACGUCUAUCUGUAUGCUCAGGUGCUUUACGAGGGAAAACACUACCAACGCGCACUCACGUUAUUGAAUCGUGAAGGGCUUGCUUCGAGAGUGCUUGAAGGACGAGCUCGAAAUAGUGGAUUAGAAUCUGCCACGUCCUCGUCAGCGUGUACGGCUGGGAAGUACAUGACAGAGUACGGCUGCGAUGCAUCUGAUACCAGAAUUCGUUUAACAUACCUUACUGCACAGUGCUAUGCUGCAAUGAACAAGUGGGAAGAAUGCCUAAAAGUGCUUGGAAGAGGAGAUUUGGAAGACGUUGAAGAAGAUGAGGAAAUGAACAAGAAGCGAGGUCCCUGUUCAUCAAACUUGGAGAAUAUUACUGGCGAUCGAGGAGCCGAUAUAAUUUGUGCAGACCUGGCAAAUGGUUUCAGUACCCGUACAGAGACGCAUUCACGUUUAAGAAAACGUGGAUCUAUAUCUACCAUCUCAGCGUUAUGUUUACUCCGUGGCAGAGCAUACGAUGCGUUGGAUAAUCGAUCGCUAGCUCGACAUUGGUAUGUAUCAGCACUCAAAGCUGACUAUUUCUGCUACGAGGCACUUGCCGCGCUGCUUUCCCAACACAUGUUGACGGUAGAAGAAGAGCAGGAACUCCUUGCUUCACUUCAAAUUGAGCCUGGUGACAAAUGGCUAAAGUUUGUAUACGUCACCAUGGGCAAGAAAUAUCAUCCUGUAAAUGUAAGGGGCAUUGAAGAGGGUGAACCUAGCUUUUGUUUUAAGAUGCUCAACGAGCUGACGACCUUUAAGCGAAGAUCAUGCUGGACUGGAGCAUGGUAUGGCAGAGACAAGCAAGCAAGAAAUCAUCUGUCAACUCGACCUGCACUUCAUAAAACCUUGGAUUUUGAAACCGAGCUGGUUGCCCUAAGUGGAAAUGGUGACAUUGCUCAAGCAAAUGCAGAGUGUCUAUACAGUCGUGGUGAUUUCCAUGGUUGCUACGAGAUCAUAUCUGAAGUUCUCGAGAGAGAUCCUUUUCAGCUCUCUGCUAUUCCUUGCUUCCUCAGCGUUGCUGUUGAGCUUCGCCGCAAAAGUGAGCUUUACUUGUGUGCGCAGAAGUUGGUCGAGGAGUAUCCUGACCACUCUGUGAGUUGGUUUGCAGUGGCGUGUUACUAUUAUUGUGUCAGGCAGUUUGAGGAAGCUCGCCAUUAUUUUUGUAAAUCUACAGCUUUGGAAAAAGCAUUUGCCCCUGCUUGGAUCGGUUUCGGGCACUCUUUUGCAGCUCAGGAUGAAAGUGACCAGGCAUUGGUAGCGUAUCGUACGGCGGUACGUAUGUUUCCUGGUUGCCACCUACCUCUACUCUGUAUCGGCAUGGAAUAUCAGCGAACUAAUAAUCUAAUUCUUGCAGAGCAGUUCUGUGUGAAGGCACGGGAUAUUUGCCCCAGUGACCCGCUAACAUACAAUGAGCUUGGAGUCUUGUGUUACCGUAAUAUGAAUUUUGUUGCUGCUGCAACAAAUCUUGAGAAAGCCUUGGCACUUGCUCCGCAAGUAUCUACCGAUCUGCUGGAGAUAUCCAUUGUAAACUUGGCUCACACUCAUCGCAAGCUGCGUAACUUUGAUGCAGCAAUCAUGUGGUAUGAGCGUGCCCUCAGCAUUUCACCUUUAUCUGCUAGCACAUAUACUGCACUCGGUUUUACUUAUCAACUCAGGGGAGAAUUUCAGAGUUUCAUGGGUGAAGCUAUUGAUUGCUACCACAAAGCCCUCGGUCUCAGCCCGGAAGACUCAUUCGCCCAAGAGAUGCUUACCCUUGCACUAAUUGAUCAGUGUGCUGUGACUAUGCCACCAUACGACUUUGUUUCAUAUGAUCCUUACCCGCAUUGAGCUUCGCACAAAGUUGAAAGUGUAAAUUUGCAGAUAUAUAACACAUAAGUCUGACACUGUGCGCGUGAGGUUCACAGCUGAGUUCAUUGCAGCUGGAUAUUGUUUUGUCUUAUUUUUAUAUUAAUAUCUACGUAAAAUACGCGCAACUGUAUACU